AGAUCCUGUGAAACCAACAGUUACAGAAAAAAAAAGAUGUCUUACAUAGCCACUCGCUAUCAAAGAGACUCUAACUAUAAGCAGAGGCAGAGGUCAUAUAUAAGAAACCGUUACAGGCAAGACAAAAGCUUUAACCAGAGGCAGAGGUCAAAUAUCAGAAACCGUUACUGGCAAGACAAAAGCUUUAACCAGAGGCGGAGGUCAUAUAUCAGAAACCGUUACAGGCAAGACAAAAGCUUUAAUCAGAGGCAGAGGUCAUACACCAACACCCGCUAUCGCUUAAAUGCUCAUUUCAGGCAAACCCGAAAGUCUUAUAUUACCAAUCGUUAUGCAAACGACCCUGCAUUCAGAUCCAAACAGAAAGAAACGAUGAGACGACGCAUGCGCGAUAAAUACAGUAACAACCAUUCGUUUGGCAUGACUUACAACAUGUAUUGUGCAAUGAAAAUAAGACAAAAGUACAGAAACGUAAUCAGAAGACCCAACCAAGUGGAUGACAGUCGGCCGAACCAAAUGGAUAACAAUGUGAUCAGGGAUGCUAUUGAGGUUUUUCGAUCCAACAUCAAAAAUGGGCCGACCUUUGCGUGUACAGUUUGCCACCGUGCGUUGUUUGCAAAUCAAGUGCGAUACUGCGAUAGGUCAAAGUAUACUCAGAACACAGAUGUUGUUGAAACCUGCCUUACAGGGAAGUUUGUUCACGUUUGUAACGAUUCUUGUGAAAAUCCAGAGCAGUGCAAUGUACCAAAUGAGAGAAAGAGAGAGUGGAUCUGUCACUGUUGUCACGAACAUCUUAAAAAUGGCCGCAUGCCACAACUCGCCAUCGCAAAUAAUUUACAGCUCGCAGAUAUUCCACCUGAACUGUGUGACUUAAACAUAUUGGAGAGACAUCUCAUUAGCAAAUACAUCACGUUUGCCAAAAUAAUCCCGCUUCCCAAAGGUCAACAACGAGCCAUUCAUGGCAAUGUAAUAUGCGUCCCAUCAGAAGUGCAGGAAACAGUCAAUGCCUUGCCCAGACUUAGAAGUGAAUCUCAAGUCUUGAGAGUGAAGCUAAAGAGACGUUUGUGUUAUAAAGGUCAUCAGCUAUUCCAAACUGUAACCUGGACUAAACUAGUGAGGGCUUUGCUUAAGCUUAAAGAGGUCCAUCCACAGUACAACGACAUAACCAUCAGAGAUGAGGCUGAAUUAUGCGAUCCAACUCUAGAUGAGGACGAAGACACUGAAAACAUAGAUGACACAAAUUUUAAUGCUGAAGAUAUGAUGGAAAUCGACAGCUUUGAGAACGGUGCACUUUGCGAGGCAGAACCUGAAAACAAUGAACAGGCUAUUGAUUCAAUUGAAUUAAGUCAGCAGUCAAACAGCAAUCAACAGGAGGGUGAUGAACCUAAUGGCGGCAUUGCUCUCGAGUCAUGUCUGCAGCCAACUGACAUUUCAGAGGAAAUUUUGAGCUUUAGCGAAGGAAUAUAUUCGGUUGCGCCCGCUGAAGGAAACAAACCAGUAAGCUUUUUCAAAACUCCUAACCUUGAGGCGAUGGCUUUCCCCGUUCAGUUUCCGACGAGCAAAAACACAAUCGAUGAAGAGCGUCCGAAGAAAUUAACUCCCUGCAGUUAUUUCAAAAGUAGACUGAGCUGCAUCGACGACCGUUUUGCAAGAGAUACAAACUAUUUGUUCUUUGCACAGUUUGUACAAGAAAUAUAUCAGGCCACCUCCAGCAUGUCAAUACAAUUGCGCAAAGGAAAACCAUAUACCCGCGACGGUCGCAAAAUAAACAAUGCAAUGUUGCAAGACAAACACGAGGUUGAAAAACUGGUACGUAACAAAGACGCAAUUCGAUUCAUGAAAGUUUUGCGAGGCAGCCCCGCCUACUGGCAACAAACUACCAAAGACUUGUUUGCGAUGAUAAGGCAAUGUGGAACGCCGACUUUCUUUUGUACAUUUUCUGCAGCCGAAAUGCGCUGGAAAGAAAUAAUUACCGCUAUUAAAACUCAACAAGGCGAACAAGUGAAUUUCGAUGAGCUCGACUGGUCGUCCAAAUGCGAUAUUUUGCGAAGUAAUCCUGUGACAACGAUGCGCAUGUUUGACAAACGCGUUGAAGCGCUGUUCAGAGAUUUGAUCAUGUCACCUGCACAACCCAUCGGCAAAGUCGUUGAUUACUUUUACCGUUUAGAAUUUCAGCACAGAGGUUCCCCUCACAUACAUUGUCUCAUUUGGAUAGAAGGAGCGCCAGUGUUUGAGGAGGACUCGGAUAAGACGGUUUGCGAUUUCAUUUCCAAAUACAUCACCGCCGAGAUGCCUGAUCCAAACACGCAACCUGAACUUCACAAAAAAGUUAGCGGGGUUCAAAUGCACAGCAAGACACACUCAAAGACGUGUAUUAAAUAUCUCGGUGCCAACUGCCGUUUUGGAUUUCCGAAAUUACCUUCCCCCGAGACGAUGAUAGUAAGAUCUGAAGAAUGUGACGGUGAAGAUGAAAGAACGUCGGUGGCGACAAGAAAGCUCACAGCACUAAACCGGUUGCUUAACAAUCCCGAGAGCGAAUCUCUGAGUUUAGAGCAGAUAUUGUCCUUGUGCGAUCUUACAGUUGACCAAUACCAGGAUUGUCUCCGUGUUAAGGCAAAAAAAAGUGAGGUGGUACUAAAGCGUGAUCCCAAAGAAGCUUACGUAAACGGCUAUAAUCCAACACUGCUCUUAGCGUGGGACGCAAACAUGGAUAUACAGUAUAUUCUAAACCCGUACUCUUGCAUUGCCUAUAUCUGCAGCUACAUCAGCAAGGCCGAGCACGGUUUAAGCGAAUACCUUAAGACAAUGAUUGAGAACUCAAAUCAUGAAAAUCUCAAUGAAAGUGACGAGAUGAAACAAGUGAUGCAGGCGUACUCCAAAAAAAGAGAGGUCAGUGCUCAAGAGUGCGUCGCUCGUGCAUGUAGUCUGAACAUGAAACGGUGUUCCCGCAGCGUGAUAUUUGUACAGACCGAUGACAACCCGCUGAAAAUGAGUUAUCCCAUGUCGCACCUAGAGAACAAAACACCAGACUCGGUUAAUGUGUGGAUGACAGGCUUACCCGACAAGUACAAAUCGAGACCAGAAUCGCCAGAGUUUGAGUCAAUGUGUUUGGCUGAUUUCGCUGCCACUUGUAGAAUUGUCUAUGGCAAACAGGCCCAAGGUGCAAAAGCUAUUCCCCUGCUCAAUGAAAUGGGAUUCGUUCAGAAGAGAACAAAGGAUAAGCCCGCUGUCAUCAAGUAUUACCAUGUCUCGCAGGAAAAGAAACCUGAGCAAUUUCACGGCACAUUGCUAAAGCUUUACCUGCCUUAUCGCUCAGAGACACAGCUCAAGUCCAUAAACUUCCCCACUUACAAGUCCUUCCAUGACCAUGCAGGCGUUCAGCUACCUGGUUCACAGUACGCCGAGCUAGUGUCUGACAUUGUGAAACGAAACCGAGAGAAAUAUGAGAAACACAGGGAAGACAUCGAUAGUGCCAUCGCAGAGUACGAACAGAAUGGUUGCAUAAGAAACGAAUGGUGUAAUCUGGCUCCUGAAUGUGAACUGCAAAGGUUAGAGUGCAUUGAAGAACUUGACGCGAGACCAGCCGAUGAGGAUAACGUCCAAGAGAAUGUGCCAGACUACAACCUUAGGUCAGAAAAUAGACCAGAAGGUGCCAUCAUGAGUGAAGCCCCUGAGAUGGAUCCGACAGUGUUGAAAGAAAUGUAUCGAAGCUUAAACCAAAAGCAGGCGUCUGUUUUCUAUGCCGUCAGAGACUGGUGCAUAAAGCGUGUCUGUGGUUCAAAUGAAGAACGGUUCUUCUAUUAUAUCAAUGGCGGUGCAGGAACAGGCAAGUCCCACCUUAUCAAAUGCAUCCACGCAGAAGGAUCCAAAAUAUUGUCUCGACUUCCCCGUAACGCAGAAGAAGCCGACAUUUCCAAACCUUCCGUACUCCUCACGGCUUUCACUGGUACUGCGGCGUUCAACAUAUCCGGCGUGACAUUGCAUAGUCUCUUCAAGCUACCGAGAAAUUUAAAGCCUCCUUUCCAAGGCCUUGGCAAUAAACUAGACGAAGUCAGGGCAGAUCUUUCAAAUGCUGAGAUACUAGUCAUUGAUGAAGUAUCUAUGGUCUCAAAGUAUCUGUUUGCCUACGUAGACAUGCGAUUGAAACAAAUUAAGGGAAAUCAAAGACCUUUUGGUGGAAUGUCAGUUCUCGCCGUCGGAGAUUUUUAUCAACUUCCCCCGGUCAGACAGUCGAAACCGCUGUGCGUGUACGAUCCCACUCGAAUCGACCUCUGGCGUGACCAAUUUCAGAUAAUCACAUUGACGGAGAUCAUGCGCCAGAAAGACGAUGUCGCUUUUGCCGAGACGCUAAACCGCAUCCGCGUCAAAGAGAAAGAUGAUGUAUUGUCAGGACAGGACAAAGCUUUGCUCUCACAGGCUGUCACGAUUCCAGCACUCUGUCCAAAAGACAUACUGCAUAUUUUUGCCACAAACAAACAGGUUGAUGCCCAUAAUUCAACAACGCUAGCGCUGUUUCACUCGGACAUCAUGAAGAUAGAUGCCCACGACUAUAAGAAAGAUCCCAAAACUGGAAGAAUGGCAAAACAAGCUACACCUUUUCACGGGAACAACCGAGAGCUCGCUGACUCAUUGAAACUUGCCAUUGGUGCACGCGUCAUGCUUACCAGAAACGUCAAUGUUCAGUCUGGUCUGUGCAACGGAACUUUUGCGUGUAUUGCGGAAAUAGUGAUCAGUGACGACGGUCCACAUGUCAGUAAACUCGGUCUAGAACUGGAUGUGUCGAGAAAUCCCAACAAUGUAAGUGCAGCUGACAAUAUUGUGUACAUUGAGAGAGACGAAGAGAAUCUGAAGCAAAGGGGAGUGGUUCGCAGACAGUUUCCUCUUAAACUUGCGUUUGCGUGUACAAUACACAAGGUUCAAGGUAUGACCAAAUCCUCAGCAGCAGUAUCGCUAAAACACAUCUUUGAACCCGGCAUGGCCUAUGUGGCUCUCAGCAGAGUAACUUCCCUCAGUGGACUACAUAUUCUCGAUUUGGAUGAGAAAAAAAUAUAUGCCAAUCCAGAAGUUCACACAGGUCUUGCGAGCAUGACAGAAGCUUCACUUCAGCAAAUUAUGCCUCUAUUUCAUAUCUCGGCGACAUUAAACCGACAGGACGUUCUCACCGUCAUCCAUCAUAACACCGAAGGACUACCGGCUCACGUCGCUGACAUCAAAAGUCAUCAUGAACUUUGUCUCGCAGACGUCCUCUGUCUAACAGAAACACACCUGCAAGGAUCUUUUGUUUCCGAAAGUAUCAACUUGGAAGGUUACACGUUGUUUCACCGUAAUAGGAAUGUCUCUUACACAAACUGCCCUCACAUUUCAAACAAAAAUGGUGGCGGAGUUGCUAUUUAUGUGAGAAACCACAUCCGAGUCAGUGAAAAACGCUACAUACAGAACGCUACAGAUAUCGAGUUUACCGUCAUUAAACUAGAAGCCCCGUUCAUUGCGCUGAUUGCUGCCGUCUACAGGCCUCCGAGCUACAGUGUGCACUUAUUUCUAAAAAAUUUGCAAAGCCUUUUAGAUUCACUCGAAGUCAUGGAUCAUCACCCAAUCAUAGUGUGCGGAGACUUCAAUGAAAAUCUGUUGUCCGGUGCAAACAAGCCGAUUUAUGAACUGUUUCGUGCUAAAGGUUACGCGCAACUUAUCACCGCUGCUACCACGGAUAAAAAUACACUGUUGGACAGCAUUUACAUCUCCCGACCGCAGCGAUGUCUCCAUUCUGGUGUCCUACAAUCGUAUUACAGCUACCACAAUCCUGUUUACUGGACACUAACAUCAGAAAAUGUAUAAAUAUCAAUUAAGUGUCAAACAACAAAGCAUUGUGAAAUGCAUUGAUCGUUGCAAAUUGAGUUCAUGAGAUAAAACAGAUUAAAGUUAAAGUUAACAGUUAUUCAUUUUUUCUCAAAAUAUCACUCAAACAAAAAUAUCACUCAAACAAAAAUAUCACUCAAACCAAAUAUCACUUGAAAAAUACUGAAAUUAGUUAAUGGGUGGGAUUGUCCUGUCAGCCAAGCUGCAACAUCUGCCUGGCUGAGGGAGGGAGGGAUGGAGGGACAAUCUCAUCUAAAAAAGCAAAUUGAUUUCAUGCGAUGAAACAGAUUAAAGUUAGAUUAAAGUCAUUCAUUUUUUCUCGAAAUAAGCAAAUUGAUUUCAUGCGAUAAAACAGAUUAAAGUUAGACUAAAGUCAUUCAUUUUUUCUCGUAAUAUUACUCAAACAAAAAUAUCACUCAAACCAAACAUACGAAAAAUACUGAAAUUAGUUAAUGGGUGGGAUUGUCCUGUCAGCCAAGCUGCAACAUCUGCUUGGCUGAGGGAGGGAGGGAUGGAGGGACAAUCUCACCUAAAACAGUCCAAAAAAAAUUCAAACAAAUGUAAAAAUGGUUUAAAAUAAAUAUUAUAUUGUUCUGGGCGGCAAAGUUAAAAUGAUCCACACAUAGCAAACUAAAGGAAGUUGAGCUUUUAAUAUGAUCCCUUUUAAUAUCAGCCUUGAUAUCACAUAAAAUAGAAUUUUACACGUCCCAGAUUCUUACAGGGCUUCAGGAAACGCAGGUAAGUACCUUGUAACUCGUGGAAUUGUAAGGAUUUGUUAUCGCUCCUGCAGCACUGCUACUUCACUGUACUUAAAACAUUAUUUUGUCUUUGAGUUUGUCGUUAUGAGUGGCUCCCAGCUGUCCGGAGGGAGGCCCUGGAUCUCAAAAAUAUCACCAGUGGACCAGGCACCCCCCCCCCACAAACCGUGUGCUUCGCAAAAAGCCGGACAGACAACAAGCCUGACAGACAGAGAGGCUAUGGGAGGGGUUGAAGAUGGACCUGGAAUGGAUGGGCCUAGUGACACUGGCGAGGCCGAGUGCAGAAGCGACAUUCAAUCAUUUUGAGAUGGACCCGAGCAUUUUGGUCUGCAUGGAGAGUUCAACUGAAGUGAAUCAGUAGCAGCUCUACUCUGCGACUCAUAUCUCAGUCUACUUUGAAAGAGUCUACUUCUUCUGCAAAUGGAGAGUUCAACACAACAAAGACACGACUGUUGCUGUCAGUCAUCCAGCUGGAGACAGGACUCACUUCCAAAGCAAAGAAAGGAUUUUCUGCAGAACUCCCGAUGCAAACCCCAAAGACAGCUAACCCCUUCUUCAGGACCAAGAACAGGUUAACUCCAGGCAGUCACUGCCCUUUGUCACCUGGCUACUCACUGGCGAGUCACUCAUGAACCAGAGACUCCCAAAACCCUCCCACUAACCACAUACACACACACACACGUGUCGCAUGCUCAGCCGUCCUGGUAGGGGAUCUCUCUUUGACUUGGCCUACCUAAAGGUUUCUCCUUUUUCCCCUAAUAAGGGUUUUAAAGAGUUUUUCCUUUAAUGCUUGGAGAGUCUAAGGCUGAUGAUGCAAGACACACAAAUGUGUGAUAGUCUGAUGGGACCCAAAGUUGAGCUUUGUUUUCAUGUUAGUUUUAUGCUUUGAUAUUUUCAUGUAAUAAAAUGUAAAUGAAGUGACUAAAAAAA